CCCCAAAAUUCCCCGCCACCACCAACCGCCAUGUCCACCGCUAACCCUUUUUCUACCGCCACCACAUCGUCAACUCCUCCACUACCAACAACGCAACAACAGCAGCAGCAGCAACACGUUUACCCAAAUAUAAGACCUCCAACAACACCGAAUCCAAAUCAGGGAAUUUUAUACCCAGUAGCUUCGUCUGGACGAGGGUUUAUACCAAAACCUUUUCUUCCUAAUUCAAACACUUCUGAUCACACUGUCACUGUCUCCAAUCACGCUCCCUACCCUCCCCGUCCUAAUCACCUCCCCCACCACCAUUACCUUGUUAGGCCUUCUUUCACUCAUUAUCAUCACAUUCCUCGUCCUAUACGGGGCAUUCCCGUCUCGUCUCCUCACCCUAAGGUUGCUCCAUCUUCAUCUCCAAUGGCUGACUCUAAUGGAUAUAAAAAUUCAAGGGAUAAAAAGGAUGAGACUGUUGCCAUUAUAAGAGAUCGAAAAGUCAGAAUAUCAGAAGGGGCUUCUCUUUAUGCUCUUUGUCGGUCAUGGUUGAAAAAUGGAUUUCCUGAAGAAAGUCAGCCACAAUAUGGAGAUGGUGUAAAGUCUCUCCCACGACCUCUGCCCGUGCCAGUAGAUGCAAAUAUGACACAGAAAACAGAAGGUGAAGAAGAAGAAGAAGAAGAGAAGGACAAUGAUAAGGAAGAGGUUGCUCAUUUAUCAGAAAAAGAACUGUUGAAAAGACAUGUUAAACAUGCAAAGAAGGUUCGAGCAUGGUUAAGGGAAGAACGGGCAAAACGAAUAGAGAGGUACAAAACAAGGUUGAGUCUUCUCCUUCCCCCUCUAGUAGAACAGAGCCAAAAUGAUGGUGCAGCUGGAAACUGAAACUCUGAUCGACAUGAGAAGCAUUUUGCAGAGUCUUAUCUUUCUGAGUUCAUAAGGGAUGGUUAUUUUGAUGUAGCAGAAAAAAAAUAUGGUGUAGCAGACUUAGUAGGAUUCUGUCUUUUUGGGGAAGAGCAAUGCUACGUAUACACUUUGAAUACACAAACCAGGUAUACAGGUGAUGUGUCAUUAUGUGAUUAGAUUGUUGUUUUAUCUUUCAUUCAGAAUCACUCAAUCAUAUUAUAACAUAUCAUUUGUGUAUUCAUUUUGUGUAAUCAAAAUGUGUAUAUGCAGCUUUAUUCUUGGGGAAAACUGUGUUUACAAAUAGAAAUAGAUAGAGGUCUUUGUAUCUGAUACAUAAAAUUUCGGCCUUGAAACAGAAUAGCAAUAUGUUAUUUUAGCUUUUGUAUUGUAAUAGACUUUUGGAAUUAGAUUCUGUAAGUGUCUGGGCUGGGAGACCAGAUCGGAUGAGGGGGGAAAAAACAGAAAUCCCUUUUUGUCUCAGUCAAACUUCUCCAUUUUCAUGUUCAUUUUAUCAAAAAGAUGCAUAGAUGUUUGAAAUGUUAAAAA